UCGAGACAGCGAACACACCUUCAACACGCGCAGAGAGAGAGAAGAGCAACAGCUGACCGAGAGGAGUUGGUUCUAAGUUUCACAGGAUUGAGACGCUGGAAAGAGUUUUUCUGUUGUUGGAUUCUGGACUUUCACUUUGAUUUUUUCUUUAUUAGGACACUGUUGAGACAGAAGAAGAGUGCAUGCUCUGUGCUGACACUGACUUUGUUGUUGUGUCUCUAUAAGCAGCUGGUAAGCUCUUAACUUUGUUUUUUUUUUACCACCCCGUCCUACGACUUUAUGUCUACAAAGAUGGAACAGCCUUUCUAUCAUGACGACUCUUUUCUGUCACCUUACGGCCACUCUGAUGCAGCAAUGCACGACUACAAACUGCUAAAGCAGAAUAUGAAUUUGAACUUGACAGAGCCAUAUCGCAACCUGAAAUCGCAGCUGAGAGCCGAGACAGAGCUUUACCAAGGGGGGCAUCAAGACGUGGGGUCCCUGAAGCUCGCCUCCCCGGAGCUGGAGAGGCUCAUCAUCCAAAACAGUAACGGUGUGAUCACCACUCCCACCCCGGGUCAGUACUUCUACAACCGGGGGAUCACCGAUGAGCAGGAGGGCUUCGCUGAGGGGUUUGUGAAAGCCCUGGACGAGCUGCACAAGAUGAACCAGAUGCCCCCCCCUAAUGUGUCCAUCGGAGCCGGUGGAGUUACGACGUGUUCGGCGGCGGCCUCUAGUGUCUUCGGCUCCGCUCUGCAGCCCGAGCCUCCCAUCUACACAACACUGAACGCCUACUGCCCGAACACAAGCCUCUCUUCCGCAUCCAGCUACCCCACAGCCACCAUCAGCUACCUGCCGCCUCACCAGCAGAGCCACCCGCAGACCUCGACGCACGGCGCGCACGCGUUCCAGCACUCUCUCCCCGGCUCCGGGCUCCAUCCGCAGCGACUCGUAGCCCUGAAAGAGGAGCCUCAGACCGUACCCGACCUCCUGAGCAGCGACGGCUCGCCUCCAAUGUCCCCGAUCGACUUGGAGACCCAGGAGAGGAUCAAGGCGGAGCGCAAGAGGCUGAGGAACCGGCUAGCUGCCACCAAGUGCCGGAGGCGCAAACUGGAGCGCAUCGCCCGGCUGGAGGAGAAGGUGAAGGGGUUGAAGAGCGACAACCAGGGGCUGUCCAACACGGCGUCGGUGCUCCGGGAUCAAGUCGCUCAGCUCAAACAGAAAGUCCUGACACACGUGAGCAGCGGCUGUCAGCUGAUGCUCACAAGCAAGAUGGAAGCAUUUUAAAGACAACACACACACACACAGACUGAAACUGACUGAAAAGUAAUAACACUGGAGUCAUGUUCUGCAUGCGCAGCACUGGGAUACCGGCUGAUGUGUUGUCAGCGUUGACAGAAACACACUUAAAGACUGAUUGAAAUGGUACUUGCUGGAUGCUGGACAUCGCUCAAAAGACCAUUCAAAUGAAACACCGGGGCAGCAUCCAGACUGAGCAGAGACACUGAGCGGCCACUGAGGCCCUGAAGUCGGGUUUACUAAUGGUAGAAAAAUGGGAAUGAUCAUUGUUUGUCUUUGUACUUUUUAUUUGGAUGAUAUUGUCAUGCAAUGCUGCAUUUAUUCAAUGUGUAAAUUAUUUUUUGUUGUUGUUUUGGUUUGUCCGGUUGAUCCAGACAAACUGAUGAUGUCCACAAUGUUUACACUGUCUCCUCUUUUUUUAUUAUUAUUUGUGAUGUGUAUUUAAGUAAAGUGUCUUAAAAUGAAA